GCCCGCGCGGGGCGCGCGCGCCCCCCUCGCGGCGGGGGCGAGGCCGGCGCGGGGCGGAUGCAGUCGCCGUACGGCGGCGCUUCCGUGGCGGAGCUGAAGCGGCGGGCGCGGGAGCUUCACGUGGAGAUACCCGCCGACCUCUUCGAAAAGGGCGAGCUCGUGCGCCUCGUGGAGGCCGCCGAGCAGCACGCCCGCGGGGCCGCCGGCAGUGGCGCCGCGCCCACGCCCUCGGGGGCCGCUGGGGCGCCGCGGGCGGGCGCCAGCCGGUCGCACACCGUGGCGGAGCUGAAGGCGCGGCUGCGGGAGCUGAACCUGGAGGUGCCCACCACGAUCGUCGAGAAGAGCGAGCUGCAGGAGCUGGUCCUGGAGGCGGAGCGCCAGCGCGCGCGCCCAGCCGCCGCCGCCCGGGUCUCCGCCGCCCGGGCCUCCGCCGCGGCGGAGGCGGCGGCCGCCGCGGCGGAGCAGCUGCCCUACCCGUGGAUGACCAAGGAGGACCUGCCGAAGCACGACUACCGGGACGACGCCUUCGGGGACGCCGCCGUCGAGCGGGUCCCCGACGUGGCGGUGUCCAGCGGGCGGGCGUGGAGCAGGUCGGGCUCGGUCGUGGCCGAGCGCGGCCCGCUGCAGCGCGUGGCAUCGCUGCAGGUGGAGGCCACGGACGCGGCUCCAAGCACCGAGGGGGCCGCCCUCUCGCCGGGGUGCGCGGAGAGGGCGGAGGACGUGGUGGUGGGCUCGCAGCUGACGUGGGUGCGGAACGAGAUGAUCGGCAGAGGAUCGUUGGGGAAGGUGUUCCGAGCGCUGGACAAGGCCACGGGCCGGACCAUCGCUGUCAAGGAGGUGCCCAUUGAUUCGAACGACGCCGACGACCAAGAGUAUCGGGAGGCGCUCGAGAACGAAAUCGAGAUUAUGCGGGACCUGAAGCACCCGCGCGGGCGACGGGUUCUUGGCUACCUCGGGCACGACUACCUGAACGGCUCCGUCUACAUCUACCUGGAGCACAUGCCGGGGGGCACCCUGACGCAGGCGCUGCAGCAGUACGGGCCGUUCGAGGAGUCGCUGAUGGCGCGGUACUCGAAGCAACUGCUCGACGGGCUGGAGUACAUGCACACGCUCUCCCCCUCGAUCGUGCACAGGGAUAUCAAAGGCAGCAACAUACUCAUAUCGCCAUUGACGGGAGGGCGAAGCUGGCAGACUUCGGUUGCUCGAAGCGGGCGAACAGGACGCUGA